CCUAUAUAUUUCUCACAGCCUCGUCCUUCUCAUCUACAAACAAAUAACACAAAAAAAACAUGGCUCUCACAAGAAUCUCCUUAGUCCUUUUCCUUUGCCUCUUAGGCUUAUACUCUGAAACCGUCAAGUCACAAAACUGCGGUUGCGCCCCGAACCUCUGUUGCAGUCAGUUCGGUUUCUGCGGUAGCACUGAUGCUUACUGUGGUACUGGGUGCCGAUCAGGCCCUUGCAGAACCCCUGGUGGAACCCCUUCCGGUGGUGGAUCUGUCGGAAGCAUUGUGACACAAGGUUUCUUUAAUAGUAUUAUCAACCAAGCUGGUGGUGGUUGCGCCGGAAAGAAUUUCUACACCCGUGAUUCUUUCGUCAACGCCGCCAAUACUUUCCCCAACUUUGCUAAUUCCGUUACUAGACGUGAAAUUGCAACCAUGUUUGCUCAUUUCACCCACGAGACUGGACAUUUCUGCUACAUAGAAGAGAUAAACGGAGCGUCACGUGACUACUGUGAUGAGAACAACAGGCAAUAUCCAUGUGCACCGGGCAAAGGCUACUACGGUCGUGGUCCGAUCCAACUAUCAUGGAACUACAACUACGGGGCUUGUGGACAGAGUCUCAACCUUAACCUCCUAGGCCAGCCCGAGCUAGUCAGUAGCAACCCAACUGUGGCUUUCAGGACGGGUCUGUGGUUUUGGAUGAAUAGCGUAAGACCGGUGCUGAACCAAGGAUUUGGAGCGACCAUUAGAGCCAUCAAUGGUAUGGAGUGUAACGGUGGGAACUCAGGUGCGGUCAAUGCAAGGAUUAAGUACUAUAGAGAUUAUUGUGGCCAGCUUGGUGUGGAUCCUGGUGCUAACCUUAGCUGCUAAAAAGCUAUUCGAAACAAACACACACACACACACGUGACGUGAAGGUGAAAUAAAAAGUGAGAGAAUAAAGUUAAAUCUCGCAUAUGUACUUUGUGUUGGGUCUUAGUGUUCCCUGCGUCACAAGCAAAAAAACGUUGCAAUAAUCUUGUGAAAGUGAUUUUCUUGACUUGUAUCACGUCUUGUGGAGUUAUAUCAACAUUAAUAAAUGUCUGAGUUUGAUAUUCAGGGUAGCUGCUUUCUUGGAUAUUCACACGUAUUGGAAUUACACUAUUACUUUAGAAUGAUAGAAUGAUAAUGGUGUAAAAUAACAGUAUAGUAAUUGUUGGGGAUAUAUGUAAUUUACGAUCUCCUUAAAUCUCAAAGGCGGUAUCCCUUAAUUAAGAUUACCAUAAUC